UACACUUUUUGUUUUGUCUUCUUGUUCUUGUUCUUCUUCUCCUUCUUCUUACUCUUCCUCUAAUCUCCUCGUCUCAUCUCAUUAAUCUCAUUCAUCUCAUCCCUCUCAAUACUUUCAAGUAUCUCAACAUCAAAUCACCUUGAAUCAUUGUAUAUCACUUUGAUUCUCACUUCAUACAUACCCUUAAAUAACACAACAUAUAAAUCCAUCUCACCCAAAAUGCCAAUACUUUCAAGGCUUAAACGUACCAAAAAGGCUAUUGAAGAAAACAAAGCAAAAGUCACCGCCGACGAGGAGGAAAAAAAGAAAGACGAACAAGAAACUGCCAAAGCUUCAUACAAACAUGUUCCAUCACAUGCUUCAGUCGAUGCACUUUUCAGCGCACCCCCAACUUGGAAACAUGAAGAUCGACCCAAAAUCUUAGAACACAAUAGACGGAGAAGUCAGAGAACUGUCAGUCGUACUCACAGUACUUUUUCAUCUGCAAAUGCCACUCCCGAUGGCACACCUGCUAUGACCCGCGCCACUAGUUAUGAUGGCUAUAAUCCCACAUGGAAUUCUCGUAUAGAACAUGUAUCAUUCUUCGAAGCAGUCAAUCGAUCCACGGCUCUUCCCCCAAUCAAAACUCAAGUUCCCAAUGCUCCCGAUUCUGCUGUUGGUAUAAGUCCUAUCUCAAGUGUUGCUCAAUGUGGAGCUGUACCCCAAACUACCAGUCCGGUAAAUGAUAAAGCGCCCUCCUCUGCAUCAUCCUCCAGCGAGUCAGGUUUGGAAAUUGCUGCCAGAACACCACGCAGACCUCUUCCAAGUGAUGCUUUCAAACAUCAACCAGUAAUCUUUCAAAACCACGAUAUUUUACAAAGAUUACACACAAGUACCACGCGCAAAUUGGGAGAGGCCCCUACGCUCAAAGCUCCUAUCGUUGAAGUACAAGUACCAAAACCUGUUGUAGUAGCACCGGUUACGCAAAAGGAACCUGUUGCGGUAGCACCACUUGCAAAAUCUCGUUGGAGUCGCAUGGGAAAGAAGGAUGAGGAACAUACUAAAGAUUGAUUAAUCUUGGCAAUCGAUUUACUCGGAAGUGAUGGGAAAAUCUUCAAUAUUAUCAAUAUAUUGUUCCAGAUGCGAAUGAAUAUCUGCAGAUCCUUUUGAGGAAUAUUCGCAGUGAUGAAGUUGAAGGGUCAUUUGCAGAUGGAAAUGCGCUUGUAACGAUGAGGACCCGGUCCGCAUGUAAUGGUUACAAGUUUUCGUUGCUGCCUACUUCUUUAUUCAGCCAUUUCUUCAGACAUUUUACGCGAUUUGGUGGUGUUUUCACAUUUGCUUGUGUUGCUAAAAGUUUCUUUAUUUUUUCUAUAUUUCGGUAAUAGGGGUGGAUAUUGUUUUGGAGAUUGAGAAAGAGGGUUUUAAUAUUGGUGAAUGUUGUGGAGCCAUACAUUAAUUUUCUUGCUUAAUUUGCAGAAUGUAGAUACGGGGAUCUUAUUCUCUGUGAAGCUUUGGUGGUGUUAAAAGGUCGGAUGAGAGAGUGAGAAUGUUGGUAUGAGGGAGGUGGAGGUGGUAAUGGCCGGUAAUAGAUAGAUAGAUGUGUAGAUGGGCAGGUUUUUAUUGUUCGAGGAUCUCUGUUAGGAUGAUUUGAAAUGGAGUUGGGAAUAGGAUUGAGGAUGUUAUUGUACUUGUGCUUGUACUUGUACUUGGGGUCAGGAUAUACAUUAUUAAGGAUGAAUAGGAUGGGUGGAUGGAUGAAUGGAUGGAUGGAUGGGAAGACUAGGCAGGCGAAUUUUCAAUUCAGGCAUGGCAUUUUCAAUUCUUGAAUCACUAUAUAGAUGUUUUUUAAGAAAGAUGGUCUAUUUGAGAUUGGGAAUAUAUGGAGUGAGAUCGCAUAGGGUUGUAUGAAUAAGAAGAGCGAAUAGCUGUGUCUUUUAGCGUUAUUAUACGUACUAUUUAGGUAAGUGGUAUAUAUAUUCUUCUUCUUCUUCUCCUUCUUUAUAUCUUUAUAUCUUUAGGUCUUGAAUCUUUUUAUUUAGAAAUAAGGAAGAAGGGGGAGGAGGAGGAGAAGGAGAAGAAAAAAUAGAGUAUAAACUAGAGCUAAAUGUGAAGCUGAUGAUAGUGAUGGUGAAGCUGGAGGAGCUAAUGGUGAUGGUAGUAAAGAUAAAGGAGAGUUAGUAUUCUGACGAUUUUGAGAGGAGA